AUGGCGCAAACCCAGACUCAGACACAGGCCCCCCCGCCAUCGCUACCGGAGCCCGAAUCCCCACCCCCGCCACAACCAGAAACUCCCCGCAUGCCGGUGUCAGUGCCGCCUCCGCCCACAGCGGAGGAACUGGCCGAGCGCGAUCACCAGAAUCGCGAGACGGCCCGGCAAGAGGUCGUCCAUGAGCUGGACAGCCUGGUCGGCCACGACAAUGUCAAGCGCCAGCUGCACGGCGUCCAGACCUGGGUGCAGAUCUGCCGUCGCCAUGGUCGCGACCCCAAGAACGAGUGGUACAACAUCGCCUUCCUGGGAAACCCGGGCACGGGAAAGACUACUGUGGCGCGUAUCUACGCGAAGAUGCUCUACGCCAUGGGCAUCUGUGACUCGCACACUGUCUGCGAGACCACCGGCGCCGACCUGGCCAGCCGGGGUCCGAACGGCGUGCAGCAGUUGCUGCGUAACAUGACCGACACCAAAGCCCCGGUGCAGACGGCUGGGGUACUCAUUGUCGAUCACCCUCAUACCCUGAUUGAAGCCCCUCCGACGCCGGCGUCCGAGCAGGCUCUCGAAGACAUCCGUCACGCCAUGGAGCGCAACACCGGCCGCAUCAUUGUCGUCUUUACCGGCGAUGCGGACGAGAUCACGGGCUUCCUCCGGGAGAGUCCGGCGCUUCAGCAGCGCAUCUGCAGUUCGCUGCGAUUCCACGACUUUGACCGUCAGCAUUUGGUGCAGCUGCUGGCCCGCCGCAUUGUGACCGAAUACAACGGUCGCAUGCAGGUCGAAGGUGGCCUGGAAGGCACCUACAUUCAAGCUGCCGCCCGCCGGCUGGUCCGGGGGCGUGCUGCCAAGGGUUUCACCAAUGCCCACGCUGUUCGCGAGAUGGUCAAGAGCAUUGCUCAGCGCCAGGCGCUGUGCCUGACGGACCAGCAGGACAGCGGCAUGGACGAGGUGGACUACUUUUUCUUCUCCAAGGACGACGUCCUUGGGCCCAGUCCGGCCGAGAUUAGGUCGGAGAGUGCCCCGUUGGAAGCCCUGCAGACGCUCAUCGGCCAGGAUGCUGUGAAGGCGUCGGUGGCUGAGGUUUUCGACACGGCGGAGGAGAACUACUACCGCGAGAUCCGCAACCAGCGCCGGCUGCCGCUGCGGAUCAACCGCAUCUUUGCGGGACCGCCAGGGACGGGCAAGAGCACGGCCAUCCGGCUGUAUGCACAGAUCUUGGUGGACUUGGGAUUGUUGAGUGGUGGCGAGGUUCGCGUCAAACCGUUGUCGGCUCUCUGCGACCUGUCGGAUGAGCAGCUCCGCGAAACCGUCGAGUCGACGACCGGACAUGUACUCGUGGUCGACGUCGACACGGAUCGCCAGGAGCGCCCGACCGUGCCCGACGCGGUGGUGGACAUGCUCGCGGCCGCCCGCGACAAUCACUGCACCAUUCUGGUAGGUACCCACGACACCAUCAGCCAGUUCCUGCACCGUGCUGGCAGCAAGGCCCGGGGCUUUGAGACGCACCUGGUGCGCUUCUCACCCCUGACCCGCGACCACAUGGAGGAGCUCUUCCAGAGCAAACUCGACGAGCAGGAUCUCGACGUCACCCCCGAGGCCUUCCAGGCGGCCAUGGACACCCUGGACAACGCGCGUAUGCGCAAGGAUUUCGACAACGCCCGUGCAGUGGACCACCUUCUCGCUGCGGCCGUCUACCACUUUGAGCGACGGUCGCGCACCGGCCCCAACUCGCAGCCGGUAGAACGACUGCUUGAGGGUCGCGACUUCAACCCCGAGCUGGUGGGCGGCACGACGGCGCUGGUGUUCCGCGAGGAGCUGCGCCACUCGAUCGUGCCGGACGACAUUAUCUCCAUCCUCAAGCGGUAUCACAACGAGAUGAAGGCCGCCUGGAUGCAGGGGUUGGACCCGGGUGCUCGCAUGCCGGGGGCAUUUGUUUUCAAGGGUGGACCAGGGACCGGUAAGAAGACCGUCGCCCGCCAGCUAGGCACCCUGUACUACAAGAUGGGCGCCCUCAGCGACGGAGAGUUGGUGGCGUGCUCGGUCGCCGACCUCCUCGCACCGCACAUCUAUCCGACCUCGGUGCGGUCGCGCUCGCAACUGGAGCGGGGCAGAGGCAAAGUGCUCUUCAUUGAAGAUGCGCACCGCCUGGCGGAGAACGAGUCAGCCACGCAGGCCGUGGACGAGCUCAUCUACCUCCUGCCCAAGUUUGCCGACGAGAUGGUGGUGAUUCUGGCCGGUCCGGCCCAGGAAAUGGACCAGCUCCUGGCCAAUCGCCCACGCUUGUCGGCCAUGUUCCAGGAGGAGAUUGUCUUCCGCAACCCGACGCCGCGGGAAUGCCUCCGACUGCUGGACCGCAAGUUGACGGAGCAGCACUUGAAGGGCCCCCGUCUGUACCUGACCGACCCGCGCACGCCCAGCCAUCGGGAAUUCACGCGGGCCAUCCAAAUCCUGUCGAUGUUCCCUUGUUGGAGCAAUGCACGGGACGUGGAGGUGCUAGCGCGGUGGAUGGUGGCGGCCUGUGUGCGGGACCUGCCGCUGGACGGCAGCGUCAGUACAUUGCCAGCGAUGCAACUGACGGAGGAGCAGGCGAUGAGCUGCAUGGUGCGCUUGUUCAAUCUGAAGCGCGACCGGCUGCGGUUCAACCAGGACCCGAAGGCGCGGGCCUUGCCACGGGUGUUGUCGCAGCCGCGAUGCACAGAUCGGACGGGCGUGAAGUUUCCUGUCUGA